CUGUUAGAUUUAGGGUUUAAGGAAUUCACAGUUCGCCAUUGCUGUGGGCUUCAUCCCUGUACUUUCUCCUUGUUUGAGGUUGAAAUUUGGGAGAUGUCUGCAUUAUUCUGCGAGAAAAAGCAAUGGUGGUAAAGCUUAUUGACUUCUGUUGCUGUUUCUUAAAUUUUCUAAAUUUUCUGUUUAUAAUUACCUGUUAAGAUUGAUGCUGCAUGAAAAAAGUACUCUCCUUUUGUUAGAAAGAACUAGCAAUACUUAUUCAGAAUCUGAAGGGGUUAUCCAUUUCUUGUUGGUGCUAAUUUUGCUGAAUUUACUACAGUUUAUAAUAGUAGUGGUUCCUUGAUUGCGAGAUUGACAUGCACCCGAAAGCCAGUUUAUUAGUUAAACUCCGGUUUUUAGCUUUCAACUCGCAGAGGUUUCUGUCUUUUUCCGAGAAUCUUGUUGGAGUAAAUCCUCUUCUUCCAAUUGCGGCUACUUAUUCAACAAUAUGCCACGCACAAGUUGAACAUGCUGUAGAGAGAGGUCUAGAACGUCCUAGGAACCCUAUAGAAGUUCUCAAGAGAUGGGGUUGUAGUGAAAAGGAUAUAUCAGUGUUAAUCUCUCGUAGGCCUUCUUUGAGCAAUGCUAAUGUUACCUUGCUUCAGCCCAAACUUGAGCUACUAAAGUCCUUGGGGCUUACUGCCUCAGACCUUGUUAAGGUGGUCAAUUGUCGCCCACGGUUCUUAAGUCUUUGUAUUAAGAAUUGCUUUGAGGAGCGGCUUGAGUAUUUCUUGGAAUUAUUUGGGACUAGAGAACUGCUUUGUAAAGCCAUUGUUAGGAAUCCAUCUCUGUUGACAUAUGACUUUCACAAUCGUGUCAAACCAAUCAUUGCGCUCUAUGACGAAAUGGGCCUUACUAGAAAUGAUUUGAUUACCAUGCUCCUAUCACGGCCUACACUGAUUCCAAGGACUUCAUUUAAUCGUGAGAAGAUGGAAUACAUAUGCAAAACAGGGAUUUCUAAGGGAACCAAAAUGUAUAAAUACGUGGUUUGUCUAAUUGGCAUCUCGCGCCUUGAAACAAUACAAGAAAAGGUGGCAAACUUGGAAAAGUUUGGGAUUUCAGAAGAUGAGAUUUGGAAGUUGUUUGGACGGUCUCCCCUUGUUUUAACACUUUCAGUUGAUAAGGUUCAAAGGAAUAUGACUUUCAUUGUAGGCACAUUGAAGCUUCCUUCAACAGUGAUCCUUGGUUACCCCCAUUUGUUAUUCUGUAACUUGGAGCUUUUGUUGAGGCCACGGGCACUUCUUGCUAGCAAGAUAAAGGAGAUGGACCUUUCUCCACAAAUUUUGGGACCCUUAUUGUUCAGGGCACUGAGGAUGAGUGAAAAGAGAUUCCUGAAGGCCUUUGUUACAUGUCAUGAAGAGGAUCUUGCUAAGGAGUUGAUGGAGUUCUACCAAAAUGCAAAAGGCAUCAAGAGAUUGGCACAAGCCUCAAAGAAAAACGUGCAUCAAGGAUUUCCCUUCUGAAUGUUUUUGCUUGCCAGGUACUCAUUGUUUUCCUCUCAGUACUUCACAUUGCAGUAGCUUUCUAGAAUCUAGAUAAUUAAGGGCUUGUUUGGUGGAGCUUCUUGGAGCUUUUACUUUUUUAGUACUGUUUAUAAGUCAUCAAUUUAAAUUUUUAUUAGAGAGAAAAUUUAAAAGAUGCUUUUAGAAAUAGUAAAAAGUGAGUAAGAAG